CAAAAGGACCUUAAUAUAUCGGUGAAAUUUUAGCUAAAUUGAAUAGUGGACCAUAGUUUAGGGGAUAAGUUUGGUUUAUUUGCAAAAAAUCACGAUGAAUUAACCGACUCGAACGACAAUGGAAACCUCCAGUGACACUCACUACACUCCGGCCGAUGAAAACGACCCCGUCGCCGUUCAAACGGAACCUUCGACUUCUAUCGCCGGCGAGAACGCUUCUGGAACCGAUAACACCGGAGAUCCCCUCGAGAAGAGCUCCGAGGUUUUGGCGAAAGGCUUGUCCUCGGUCCUCUCUUCCGUGAUUAGGGAUUUCGAUUUCAGAGCUCAACAAACUCUCAUGAGCCAAAAUCACCUCUCUUCCUCUAUCGAUCGUCUCACCGGAGAACUUGAUCAAUUGCUCGAAGAUGCACCUUUACCAUUCAUAAUGCAACAUGCUGCCAAGAUAUCUAGUGUUAGGAAAAGAGUUUCAUCCCUGAAUUCACUUCUAAAAUCCAUACAAGGGCGGAUUGAUAAUAUAGAUCGCAUUAUGUCUACUGGCACUACUCAUGAAAAAACAAGCACAGAAGGUUCUGGGUGAAUUGUCAUCAGCUCAAUCAACUUCCAUAUUUUCAUUAUGUAUGUACCUCUACCAUGCAAUGCACCCUUCAGCCCUUAAAUUCAAUUAUUCUUGUUAGCAUAUAUACUUGCUUGGUUCCACCAGCUCAGGACAUGGAAAUUGGCAUCUGGUUAUUAGUCUUAUUCAGGUUACUUUUAAUUUUUGUUUAACAUCAGAACAAAAGCCAUUCCCUUGUAAAUGUUAAGCUUCUGCAAAAUGAAAAAAAGAAAACAAUGUGUUCGCAAAAAAUUUAUUCUUAUGAUUUAGAAAUGAGUUUAAUACAA